AUGACCAGCAUAUCCAAAUUGAAGUGCGAUGGAAUUGGAAGUCCAAUAGAAUUGAGAAUUGUUUGCAAAUGGAAGCACGAUGUCCGUCGAUAUGAAACCUGGUUUAUUCGGGUUGACAGAUUUGGAGAUGCAAUACAGAUCCUAGGACAACGUACGAACCAAUCAUACAUAGAAUCGGUACUUAAUGUAUCAGAAUGUUACACCAUAUCAAAAUACAGUUGUCCUAAAUUACAUAAAUAUCAAAAAGUAUUGGAGAACGAUUUUUACAUAGAUGUUGGCCUCAGCUCCAUUAUAAAACCACUUCCAAAUACAAUAACCAUCCCCGCUACUUGGUUUCGUUUUGCUUCUAAAUCGCAACUAACAGAACCUGGGGAACAUCCACCAUAUGAUCCAGAUUUUGUUGGUAUGCUGUCCAAGAUCAGAGACUCCACAAAACAUGUUGGCCAACCGUAUGUUCUUCUUAUUCUAACUGAUGAUAGAGGCAAUGAGGUCCUAAUAAAUCUAUGGAAAGAAUGCUUUACGAAUCCUAGGAAAUUCAAUCGGAGUCUAAUCACGCCACCCCCUGCUAUGACAGUUGUAGCAGUCACAAAUCUAAAACCUUCACUUUUUGGAGGAACAUUACGUCACGGAUCCUCACAUGCUACGCAUGUGUAUGACAAAAUGUUUUUAGUGAAAGAAUCCAUUGCAGACAUUGUGUUCCAGGACAAAUGGUAUCAAAUGAUAUGUCCAACCUGUAGGGAUCCAAUCUUCAAAAGGGGAACGCAAUGGUACUACAGUGCACACUCAAAGAUCGAAAAACCCAUACUAACGCACAAGUUCCAUGUCACGAUAAGUGAUCCAACUGCCACGAUGUCAGCAGUCAUAUCUGAAACAUCAUUUCGGAAACUCAUAAAUUCAGACUCAGAGCAUACAGUAGACGACAUUAUAGCUCUUCACAGAAAGACCUUACUAGUGAUGAUCAGUCAGCACAAGGGGAAACAAAGAACAAUGUCUAUUCAAAUGCUAAAAACAUCAACUGACGAUAAUGUACGGUUCAUCAUAAUCGACAUAGAGAUACCAGUAACAAGCCAACAAUCAGCUAUUUCAGCAACUCCAUCACAACCUCUAAUAACAAGGUCCGCAGUGGAACACUGCCCCCCUUUGUCAGAUACAACCAAAGGACAUACUGCACGUACCCUCACUUUUACUGCAAACGAUGAGUCGGCGCCUUCAGGAGAUGUCAAACGCACCCUGAAAAAAUAA